CGUCGUUAAUAUUUGUCGUCGCAGGGCUCUGUUCGCGAAUAAACCGAGGAUAAAACAUUUUUGUUAAUUUUUUAUUUAUUAAUUGCGAAAGUAAAGCCUAUAAAAUCCUAAAAAGUUCUUAUAAACUAAACGAAAUAUAGUAAAAACAAAACACUGCAGUAGAUUAAACACUUUAAAGAAAAAAUAUUGUCUUGACAAAAAAAUCUGAAAGCGUAAAUCAUAAAAUUUCAUCUCAUAGGUGUUUAACAAAUAAAAUUUCUAAAUUAAUAAAUUUUGCUGCACAAAUUUUCUGAGGAAAAGAGAAACAAAAAAACAAAUUGGCUGAUUAAUAUAAAUCUUGUGCAAACAAACAAAAAAAAUAUAAAAAUCAACAACAGAGACGUUUAGCUUUCACACAAAAAUUUGCAUACACCGAGACACAAAAAUAUGAAAUGGGCAUUUAUUGCGCCGAGUUGCAACAGUUUAUUGAUUCAAGCAAAACAAAAAACAACACAACAGUUUUAAAAAAAUAUUCAAAAAUUAUUAGAAAUAUUACGAAUUUUUAAGCUUUUAUUUUUAUUUAUUUUCUAAAUUUCUCUCACAGUUUCUGCUUAUUUUGCCAUUAAACACUACACAGCUAAUUGAUAAACAGUAAACAAACAAAACAAAAUAAUAAUAUAAUAUUAUUAAAACGAUUGUCAAUAAUUGAAAUCGAAAUAAACAAACCAAAAAAAGUAAAUUUAUAGCAACACUUUUGUGUGCAUUUGCGAAAAUAAUUUCGACAUUGCGAUUAUUUCAAGAAAUCGUGGCUGAAACAGCAACAAAGCCAACAACAAUUGAUUUUUCACAAAUAUUCCAGCCAAUGCCUUCUGCAGUAAGUGGUUCCGGUGGACACGGCUCAGCCGGUCAUAACUCGAGUAUACCCAGUAACGAGGAGUGCGGCAUACGUGAUGUGUGGAAACAUAAUUUGGAAGAAGAAUUUCGUACCAUACGAAAAGUGGUGCAAAAAUAUCACUAUGUAGCAAUGGAUACGGAAUUUCCCGGUGUUGUAGCACGUCCGGUGGGUGAAUUUCGUUCAACAGCCGAUUAUCAUUAUCAGCUAUUGCGUUGCAAUGUAGACUUGUUGCGCAUCAUACAAUUGGGUUUGACAUUUAUGGAUGAUGAGGGUAAAACACCACCCGGCUAUAGUACUUGGCAAUUUAAUUUUAAAUUCAAUUUGAGUGAAGACAUGUAUGCCCAGGACUCAAUUGAUUUGCUGACCAAUUCUGGCAUACAAUUUCGCAAACAUGAAGAUGAUGGCAUUGAUCCUUUAGAUUUUGCCGAACUUUUAAUGUCAUCUGGCAUUGUUUUGAUGGAUAAUAUUAAAUGGCUUUGCUUUCAUUCUGGCUAUGAUUUCGGUUAUUUGCUUAAGCUUUUAACCGAUCAAAAUCUACCAGCUGAUGAGAGUGAAUUUUUCGAUUUACUGCACAUUUAUUUUCCCAAUAUAUAUGACAUUAAAUAUCUAAUGAAAUCAUGCAAAAAUCUAAAGGGUGGUCUACAAGAGGUGGCCGAUCAAUUGGAGUUGCGACGUGUGGGACCACAGCAUCAGGCGGGUUCCGAUGCCCUGCUAACCGGCAUGGCCUUCUUCAAAAUGCGUGAGAUGUUCUUUGAGGAUAAUAUUGAUAAUGCCAAAUAUUGUGGACAUUUAUAUGGUUUGGGUACCUCAUUCAUAGUAAAUGGUGCUAAUUUCCACGAGAGCAAUGGUGAGAAUGCAAACGCAACGUGAUUCAUAAUUGAAAUAGAACGUACGCAAAAUAUAUUUGCCAACAAUCCAACAACAUGAAACAGAACAAUAUAAAAUAAUUAACAAAUAACAACCACAACAACUGCGUUAAUAAAAAAAGAAGAGUUAAAAACAGCAACACAGCACAUUAAGAACAAACAUCAAGCAAAUAUAAUAAAAACAAUUAAGAAAAAAAAAUAUUUUAAAAGCAGCAAAAAACAAACUUAAUUUCGUUAAACAAAAUUAUCUAACUUAAUAAAAAAA